AACAGACUGUUUCUGUGUUCGGUUGUUGCGCAGUUGUAUUCAGACUUCAGUAAAUAUCAGGACGGAUUACACAGAAUUAAAAUCUUUCCAGCCAUGGGCACGACUGUCCCGACCUCGAGUUUUGCUCUGCUUUGUGUUUUUCUUCUCUGUGAGCCCUCACUUCAAACAGAGAAACACUCCCUGUAUUACAUUUACACGGCGUUCUCUAAACCUGUCGAGCGGCCGGGCAUCUAUCAGUUCACUGCUAUGGGUCUGCUAGAUGACAGAGAGAUCGACUAUUAUAACAGUGAAGGACAGAGAAAGAUUCCCAAACAGCACUGGAUGAAGGAGAAAAUGCAGGAGGAUUACUGGGAGAAAGGCACCCAGUUCAGAAAGAGCAAAGAACAGUGGUUUAAUGUGAACGUCGACAUUCUGAUGAAACGCAUGAGACACAAUGAAUCUGAUGUUCAUGUUCUUCAGUGGAGAGUUGGUUGUGAAAUUGAGAAACAGGGAGAUGAAGUGAGGUUUUCCAGAGGCAUUAAUGAGUACAGCUACGAUGGAUAUAACUUCCUGUUUUUUGAUGAUAAGGAGUCUCAGUGGGUCGCUCCUGUUGAUGCAGCUCUUCUAACCAAGAGGAGGUGGGAUAAUGUGCCCGUCCUAAACCAGUACACCAAGGGCUACCUGGAGAAAGAGUGUGUGGACUGGCUUAACAAAUUCAGAGAAUAUGGAGAUGAGGAGCUCAGAAACUGCUCUCCUCCAGAUGUUCAUGUGAUUGCAAAAAGUUGCACCAGUUGCAAAACCAAGCUGAAACUUACCUGUUUUGCCACUGGCUUCUACCCCAAAGAUGUGAUGGUGACCAUAAGGAAAUAUCGCUCACACCUGCCUGAAGAGGAGAUUUUAUCCUCAGGAGUCAGACCAAACCAUGAUGGGACCUUCCAGCUGAAGAAGAGUGUGAUUAUCCAGGAGGAUGAAGAUGCAGAAUAUGAUUGUUUUGUGUUUCACAGAACCCUCAAAGAGCCAAUUAUCAUCCCAUGGGAUUUCACGGAGUUGACAACAUUCAGCAAAUUAAGCUCCAGACACACUCUGCAGUUGGAAGAUGGACCUGUGGACAUGACUGUUGCAGAAGAUGAUGUGGGGCCAGAUUUAACAGAACUAUCAAGGCCAAGUUCUCUAUUGCCACCUCAAUGGAGAUCUGCAAUCCCAACACUUUCUACCAUUUCACAAUCGGACAUCUCCACACCACCACUGGCCAGUCAGAGAUUAAAUACUCAAAAAACCCAUUCCAGUGUGCAAGCUCUAAUUAGUGAGGCUCAGCCAAUAAUACAGAAGAGGAGGAGGUCUAAUGAUCCAACUGCAACAGAGAAACAGCUAUUGGACAUUUUAACACAACCAGCCACAAUACCGUCACUAUAUAUUCCCAUACAUGGAGAUGAAAUGUACUACUUUGCUAUUAGUUUAGUACCUAGACUUUCAAGACUACUUCCCCGGAACCAGACAAAAGCACAGAUUAGUAUACUUACUUACCUCUCAGAUCUAGAAGCAGAAGAACAAACCUUGCAACAAAGCCACACUUCAACCCAACCAUUCACAAGCAGUCAGCAACCAAACAGUUCUGGAUUUCAUCAAUACCAGCCAACCCCCACUUACCAUCAAAGCCACACACAUCAAAUCCAGACACAUAACCUAGCCCAAUCAACACCUUCUUCAACAAGGUCUGGCCAACAACAAGGUACAUCUAUGGAAGACCCAUCUUCACCAGUAUAUCACCAUUUUUUUAAUAAAUAAAUUUUGAUUCAGUUUAAUAGCAGUUUUGCAGUUGAACUAGGUUGUAAAUAUUUAUGACUUAAAUUUAAUAAAUUGUAUGUUUUAGUCAUUAUUUUAUAGACAGUUUUUGACAGUUAUAUAAAAGUUUUCAUUCUUCUGUUCCGUUUACAGUUUAUUCUGUUGCCUUUUAAUAAUAAUUUAAUUAAACACAUUUUGGAAAAUAAA